AUGAGUCUUUUCAAUAGGAUUCUUUCAAUUGGCGAUGUGCUUUCCAGACUACCUCAACUUGACGCUCAGGUUGACGAGCAAAAGAGGAAGAUUCGUGAGAUAAAGAGCAAAGAAAACACAGAAGAACAACGAAUGGCAGCUCUGGAACAACUUGAAGAUCUACAGGUACGUCUACUCCGCCUGGCUCCAGAACGCGAUCGAGGAAGUGACGUCGCUUCACGAAGCAGUGAGGGAGACACUCCCGGCAGAAGCGGCGAGAGACCCCAACAGAAGACCCCAAUCACGUAUGAACCAUCCACAUUGAGUGUUCAGGAGACACCUGUGCUAGUGCAUACUCCACAGCCAGAGGUGCCCACCGUUACGACGAGAAGAGGGAGUAUGUACGAAGGUGCAUCAGAAGACGAGAAUGAAAGAGAUGAGGAUGAGGAUAGUGAUGAAGACGAGGAGGAGGAAUUGCAGCAGAAUGGAGGCGAUAUGCUCAAUGGGACCUCCUCUUCUAGCUCUACCAAGCCUAUUCAACUUCCUCAGCAACCCCAACAAAGAAGAGAAGAACGAGGCUACCAGUCUACCUCACAACCGAAAGAGCAGCCCAUGGCUGAGCCGAGAAGAAAUCAACCUCCUGCAAAACCUCCCCAUCAGCCGAAGAACGCUGAUUCAGAAUUUGUAGUUUUGGCCAACCUAAAAGCGUCAGAACCGGGUGACUUGAGCAUCUCUGAAGGAGAAAAGCUGCACAUUUUACAAACGAGAGCGGACGGAUGGUGGAUGGCGAAAAACGGCAAAGGAGAAACAGGACUAGUACCGAAGACCUACCUCCAACAGAUUGCCAAAGAAACCAGUGAACGUCCGCCAACCAGAAGUGCUGAAAACACACGAGAGCGAUCUGCCGUUAGUAGCAGAUCUGCUGCUGCUUCGCUAUCACCACCUUUGGAGGAACCGAUUCCAAAGAGGCGUGCUCGCUGUUUGGGAGAUGCUCAACAACUCGACCCGCAUUUGUCGUUUGCCUGCCAUUUGACGCCUCGUUUGAGCCAUUCAAAUAUAGGUUUUCAUGAUCUGUACUGGAAUUACAAGGAUGACAAGGUAACCGACACAACAUCAUCUGGCGUGGACUAUGGAGAUUUCGUUGUUCGCUCCAAUUACAAUAUGGAUGAUGUUGUGCUCCUCAUCGAAGCCUCGCAUAUUGUCGAAACACCGGCUGGCCCCGAAGAAAGAAGUCUGGGAAUCAUUACAGUACCUCUAAUCGUUAGAGGACAAGUAUCGAUUGCUAAUAAAACCUAUUCUGAAUAUCUACGUGGAGAGAACGUUUUCGAUCCCACCCGGGAGGGAGCGCAACCUACUCAGUUCAAAAUUGUUUUAAAAGUCCUUGAUGUCCCCCAGGAGCUGGUACCUCUUGUCGAUGCAUUUACAGAAAUGGUGUCCGAUCCACUAUUAGCCUUGUUUCCGUCAGUUGCGGAUCAACCUGACAUGAUGGAUCAGCUCAGGACUUUGUGGAAUGCUAAGCUGAAAACCAUCAAAAAUAGAUCCGAAGGUGACCAAGCUGUGGCGUUUUUCCAGCUUUUCAUGAAUACGGCAUACUGUAUCGAGAAGACAGCAGUAAUGCCUCCAUACCGUAUCUGGGAUUCCAAAGCUUUGGCUGCUCGCCAGCAGGUGAUCAAAAAAUGUGAGGAUAUGCUGCGAGAAUAUCGUACCUCUUCGAGAUUUCUGCUCACAGAACCUUGCCGUCCUUUAAAUGUCUACGAUUAUUCUUUCGACUUGAUGGGCCGCCAUGCACUCGACUAA